AUGUGCUCUCUGCCUCCAGAGCUACUGGACAAGGUUAUUGACGAAUCCUGGGACGACGUAUCCGCUCUUAAGGCAUGCUCUUUGACCUCUCGUGUCCUUUUGCCGCGUACACGUACCUAUCUUUUCGAAACCAUAUUUCUCAACACUGCCACCAAAUUCCAUGUUCUAUGCACCGAUUUUCCUUACUUGGCUCAAUACGUGAAAAGGAUCACAAUUUCCACUCGUCGCAGAAACCCGGGAAAACCCAUUCGCGGCGACCGCUCGUUUCCUGCGUUGUUGAGACUGAUUCCACCGGGACAGCUGGAACAUUUGAAGUUUGAGGCGUGCAAUUUGAAUGACAUGAGAGAAUCAUCGAAGCAAGCGCUUUCCUCGCAUUCAUUUCGUUCAGCUUCAGUGUACACGAACUGCGGAAUUUCGCAGGACAUCGCGGACCUGUGCACCGUGUUUAAAGGGUCGAGAAAUCUUCAUUUAGAUUUCAAUGGGGUCCUUAAAGAUUUGCCGACAUCGAGUACUCUUCCGGUCCCCAAGGGGGGGUCCCUAGCAAAGCUGACUGUGGAAGGUUACUAUUGGCCGCUUUUCCAGACGAUCAUUCAGACAGGGAUCUAUCCCUUCUCGGUUGACGACCUGAAGAGUCUCUCAGUAACGAUGCAUCAUCCUAAUGAAGUUAAUGAGCUGAAACAGUUUUUGGAUCUUCCUUUGCGAUCGCUGCAACAUCUCAGUAUUGCAUAUGACUGUAUAGCUCUCAAUAUCUCUCGGAACUUGUGUUCACUUUCUAUGUCAAUCGGUGUUUUGGGACACAGUCCGAUCACCGACUCGUUGGGAUGGUGUUUGAAGAACUUGAAAAGAGCAAGGCAAAUGUUUGUUGAGACAUUCACCAUUAAUAUCACCUUUUGGGAGAGGAGGCCGACCGAAAUACAUCCGAAUGUGUCACAAUUCUGGUCCAAAUUUGCCGGGGUAUUAUCUGAUUCUGAGUUUGGUUCUAUUCGAAACAUAUCCUUAAUAUUCAGUCCAGUACCACUGGAAGGAGUAGAGGUUCGGGGACUGGAGUUGUAUCAGGGUGUAGUCGAGAGGGAGAUGGCUCCGUUAAUCAGCAGAGGACUUGUCACUGUCUGUCACGAGACUCAGACACACUCGUGAAAGGUAACAAAAAUGUGUAAAUAUUAGUAUAUAUUUUACUGUGCAUGCCAGUGUCCUACAUAUUCUAUCGAGGUGAUCCACAAUCGAUCUAGAUUUUUCUACCAUCCAAGUGUGAUAUUUUGAUUUAAAUAAUGAAAGACCGGUUACAUUCCUUGUGCUUGCUUUCUUCGAGUAAGCCCUGAUUCUGCUCUACGCAAUGAUAUAGUCGGUAUUUAUGUAAGUUCUGAUCAAGAUGGUCAGUCGAGUCAUCCACUUUCCACCAGCACAAUUACUGUGUGUAAAUACUAUGGCU